CGGCAAGAGAACAUCCUGACGUCACAAAUGUGUCCCUAAACUAGCCAAUCAUCUUCAAAUCACCGAGAUUGAGAAAGUGGGCGGGUGUUUUGGAGUGUUCGCAUGCAAAACAAAACCAAAUCCGUGCUAUGUGCCCCGAGGAUGAACGGCAGAGUCAGCCUCCUAGCUGCAGCUCCUCAGCCAGGCUGGGUGUGACUCUGACUUGUGGAGACCCCGACGGCUCUCAUGAAGUCUCAAAGACCAUCUGGACCAGCACCGGUCUUAAGAGAACCCCACAGGUUGAAAUCCACUGUCCAUGUAGUCCAGCACAUACCGGAGACAACGAUAAAGGGUUUGGGUCGUUCGUGAAGAGACUAAUGGACGCCGAAGCCGCCAUCGUCUCUGCAGCCGCGCAGCUCGUGUCCUUCAAAGACAUCCUGAAGGAUACAAAAUCUAACGCAGUCAACAGGCAGCGCGUGGCCAAGCAGAGAGGACUCUUGCUACAGAAGAUUGAGGACUUUCGUCAACUCAACCAGGUUGUGCGACAAAGACUGAACCAGCUUCUGGACGAGGAGACUGAUCGGAUUGAUGCAAGCACCAAGAUUGACGCUUUGCUGAAUAAGAUUCUUCAGAUUGAGCGUGAAAAUCAGCUUCUAAAAGGCGAUCUUGGUGUAACGGAAAAAAGAGCAGAGGAGCUGAUGUAUCUUCAGCAAAAGGAGCAGGAGAACAUCAAGAGCGCUCUUAACAUAGCCAAGUCUGCAGAGGGCACUCGCGCCCGUAUACAGGGGCAGCUACGCAACAAGGAGGCAGAAAACAAUCGACUGACUGUGCAAGUGCGGACCCUCGAGCGUUCCCUGACUCAACACAAGGCGGAGCUAGACGACCUGAAAGCGUCCCUGGCGGCUCUGACGGAGCAGACCUCCCAGGAGAAGGAGGCCCUCAAGAAGGCCUCGCGGGUGCACAAGCAGAAAGCCGAGCGAUUCGAGGCCGCCCUCGACAAAUGUUUCAGUCAGCUGAGGGAUAAGGACACCCAACUGUCAAGUCUCCAAGAAAAGAAAGACACAUGGAAGCAGGAGAAGGAGCAGCUGACCGAGGAGAACCACAAACUUACCGCUCAUGUGGAGUUCCUGCAGAAGCAAGUAAUCGGCAUCCCAGUGAAGCUGCAGAAGGACAUGGAGAGAGAGACGACGAUGGUGAGGCAGUGGGAGGAGAGGGAAAGGAUGAAGGAAAAGGAGGACAGGGCGAGGGAGAGGGAACGGAUGGAUUGGGAGGCGAGGCAGAAGGAACGGGAGGAGAAGGUGAAGGAAAGGGAGAAGGAAUGGAAGGAGAGGAUGAAAGAAAGGAAGGAGCAGGAGGAGAGGGAGAAAGAACGGGUGAACGGAAGGGAGGAGAGGGAGAAGGAGAGGAGGUAUUGGGAGAAGGAAUUUGAGGAGAGGGGGAAGAAACGGGUGAAGGAGCGGGAGGCCAGGGAGAGCGAAAGCGGGGGACUGGAGAAAGCGAGCGAGGGCAGCUGGGAAAGGGAGGAGCGGCAAGAAGGGAGCGUGGAGGAGGUGGACGAGACCUCAGCUGGACAUGACGUGUCCGGUGUGACGCAGCAACUCCAAAGACUCCGAGUGGAAAAGGAGCACUACAGCGCCAGUCACACCGCACUCAAGCUGUCCUUUGCCCAGUUGGAGAAGCAGCUUGCUGAAUGUGAGGCGGCCCUGGUCCAAGAGAAGAGCGUGUCUAGUGGAAAGGACCGCAAAGUCGAGCAACUGGAAAACCAGGUUGCAGCGCUUGAAGCAGAAUUGAACAAUGUCAGGCUCCAGCACAAAAAUGUAUCACAGGAGCUUGAGAAAAUGCAAGAUGGAGAAGAUUCAAAAGCUGAUGAGGUGAGGAAGGAGCUGCAGGGUCGCGUUGAAGAGCUGCAGCAUUUGCCCAAAACGCUGAGAGAGACCGAGCUGAAGCUGCUCGCGUGCCAGGAGAAUCUGCGAACCUCCGAGUGGAAGUGCUCAGAGCAGUCAGAGGCCAUUAAGAAGCUGCAGUAUGAGCUGCAGACUCAAGUGAAAUUGGUGAGGUCGGCCGUAGAGCUGAGAGAGUCCGCUGAAGAGUCCAGUUCAAAACUGCAAGAGCAAGUGGACACCCUGCAAAAGAUGCUGGAGCAGCUGCGCCGGGAGAAGCUGGAGCUGGAAAGGAAGCUGGAGGUCCAAGAGCAAACUUUGCGUCAAAGCAGCCAGCAACUUGAACAACGCUCCACGCGGUGCGCAGCGCUCGAACGCCAGCUGGAGCAAAACGCGUGCGAAUCCGAAACGCUCAACAAGCAGCUGGCUCAAUGCUCGGCCGCUUUAUUGGAUUUUAAAGAACAGGUUAAAAAUGUCAAGGAGCAAGUUUUGUCCAAAGAGGAGGCCCUUCAGACCACCGUGAACGAGCUGAGGCUUCUCCGUCAGAGCAAGUUGACGGCGGAGAAACAGUUUGAGGCGCGCGUGAUCGAGCUACAAUUGAGCCUGGACAAGUGCGAGAGCCACAAGAAGAGCAUACAGAACUACGUAGACUUCCUCAAAAACUCGUACCUCAUGAUAUUUGAAGAUCAAAUAUCCACUUUUUGGUCUUCCACUUUUAUGAAAUGACCACCUGCUUUGCAGAAAGUUAUUUAUUGCCAUCCCAUCUGGAGGAAAGUGUAAAUAAUUCAUAUCUGCAUAUGCAGCUAAGCAAUGCCAUGACAUCAUUUUUGCAUAAGCUUGCUUUUUAAACGCAUGAGUUGAAAAGCAACAAACUACAAAAGGAAUAAUAAUGAGGACAAAAUUGUCACGCUCGGGAUUGACAUAAUCGGUAAAGUGAUCAUUAAGAAUAGAUGGAUUAAUGGAGGCAAAAUGGUGUGAACUACAGCAGCCAGCAGAGGCGCUAUUGAUUCAUUCUCAACUCGUUUGCUGGCUGAAGAAAACAUCCAUCAUGUCAACUAUGGGAAGUGCAAUAAUAUUUUUCAGCUCAGUACAACCCUGGAAUUUAAAAAAAAACGGAGUUCAGAACAUGCAUAAAAAAUUUUUUUUAAAAAACUUGAUAGGUUAAUUUGUUUGUUAAUUUUCUCCAUAGGCAUAGUCAAUGUUAACUUGGUUUCUGGAUGAUUUUUGUGUUAUUGUCACAAAAUCUGCUCAUUGUUGUGUAAUUAUUGAACGACUUUUGCGAAAUGGUGUGAUUUUCGGUCUUGUGUUACUGGGGGAUGGAAAAAUAAAAAACACAAGUAACAACCCAAUUGGGAGCGCUAACUCUAAAAAGGUUUGGGGUUUACCUCUAUAAGAGGGAAGUGAAAGUUUGUGUUUCGUAGAGCAAAACCUUUCAAUGCACUAUAACACACUUGUUUUAAUGGGACAGUGUGUACUGAUUCUUCCACCCCCUGUACAAAUACAAUGUUAACGAGGACAAUUUCAUUUUAUACAUACACUUUCUCCCUCACACUUACAAUUUACCCACCCAUGACAUUGUAUUGUAUUUAUUACAUUCUGUCCAGAUCUUAAUGCUUCUGCCCUACCUAUUAUGUACAAUGUUGUGUAUUUGCUUAUUAGUUGUGUACUUAACUAUGUGUCUGGGUCUCCUUUGUACAUUUGUUAUUUGUAUCCUUAUUUUUGUUUGAGUCUCUUGAAUCAGAUCAACAAAUUAAAAAAACAUUUUUUUUU